UUUGACUGAGUUGGGCUGACGGGUCCUGUUACAGCUUGAAGUCUAAAAUUAGGGAGGCUCCCCAACUGCAAAUGACGCAAGGCGGCUAAAGCGGACGGUCCGGUGGUCUCUCUGCGUGUCAAUGGCGAGGGGGGGCUCGGGACCGUGGAAACGUUCCCUACAACUCCUCUCCCGUUGAUGACAUGGGGCGUAUUUUUAGCAGCUGUUGUCAUCUUUCCGUAACGGCGCCGCGGCGGUGUUCAGUAUAAAGGGACUCUUUCAAAAUGCAGCUGUACAACAGUGUGCUGACACACUACCCGAGGUCGUCUCGCAAAGUUACAAUAACUUUGUCCGCCGCGCCGGAGCGCCUGAACGGGACAGCGCAGAGCCCCCCCGAGGCGGACACCGCGGGACCCACGCACGCAGACACCCCGGCGACGGACGGCGCGUCUUCCACAAACAUGCCUGCCUUUUCGUGCUACGAGGCUCCAUCCAUGAGGCCGAUCUACUUCACGUCGACCGCAGAGAUACUGAUCCGCAGACCCGACGGGGUGGAGAGAUCCGUGCCCGUUCACAUCGUGAGGGAGUCCAAAGCCAAGGCAGCCUCUCCCCACCCACACAACGGAGAAGGUGUCCUCUCUGAUGACUGUGAGUCCGGGGAGAUCGUGGACCUGAUUGGUCACCUGAGGAAUGGGGUUGAUGAGCUUUUCCAAGACUGUCCAGAACUUGAUGGAAAUCAGCUUUUCGACAGCGGUGAGCUCAGAGAGGAUGGAUACAGGAGAGCAGUGGGGGGUUUGGUUGAGGAUGAGGUCGCUUCACUGAAUAAUUCUGCCAUCAGAAGCAAUGGGUGGUCUUCCUUACAUGAAAAUGACUUGGUUGACCUGGAGGAGGCUCAGCCUCAAGACCUUAUCAAGGAGGAUUUCAGUGAUAUGAAGAGUGGCAGACUUGCCCAAGCACAGAAUGAAAGACGGCCUUUUGAGCUGAGCGUUCUGCAAGAGUGUCCUCCUCAGAGGAGCCAGGAGAGAGGGGACAUCAGUGACAAAGUCACCCGCUAUCUGGCUGAAAUGGAGAAGCAAAAUAAAUACCUCCAGGAGAGGCAAAAGUACAGGUACCACAUCAUUCCAGAUGGCAACUGCCUCUACCGAGCUGUGUGCAAAGCCACGUACGGGGACCAGGCCAGACACGGGGAGCUGAGGGAGCUGACGGUGCACCACAUCGCCGACCACCUGGACGAGUUCAACCCCAUCAUCGAAGGCGACGUCGGAGAGUUCCUGAUCAACGCGGCGCAGGACGGCGCCUGGGCCGGAUAUCCGGAGCUCCUCGCCAUGAGCCAGAUGCUGAACGUCAACAUCCACCUGACAACCGGAGGGAGCUUGGAGAGCCCGACGGUCUCCACCAUGGUGCACUAUCUGGGGGACGAGGACGCUUCCAAGCCAGCAAUCUGGCUGAGUUGGCUCAGCAACGGUCACUACGACGUCCUGUUGGACAGAUGUUUCCCAAACCCAGAGUAUGAGGACUGGUGCCGACAAUCACAGAUGCAGCGGAAACGGGAUGAGGAACUGGCAAAGUCCAUGGCGGCCUCAUUAUCGAGAAUGUACCUUGAAAAAAAUGGAUGUGUGUGAAAGAAAUGCUGUACUGAGAAUGAACACUUACUUAAGAGGUGAUGUUUGUUUGGUUUCUACAAGUUUUAAAUUAUUUUUGUAAGAUUUUUACGAGUGAAAAGAAGUGCAGUGCACAUACUUUUGGUUUUUUUGUACAUGCCAGCAUUUCCAAGUUCAUGGCAGUUGAGUUGAAAAGUGUUCGAAUGUGUGUGAGCCUGUUCUUCUCAGUAGGAUGUGAGUGGAUUUUCCUAUUUCUUUUUAGAACUUUCUAAAUUACUAUAUUUAUUUGCCUUUCCUUAUAAGACUAUUUUUCUAUGACUACACUUUGGUGGCUUUUGCUGAAGAAUUACAAUAUUGAUAAAGCCUGGUUUGCAUUGUACUUCCCUCUACAUAUCAGUUUAGGUACUCUCUUUUGCACAAAGGUCCUAUCAGACUAGUUGAGAGUUUGAAUUCAAGGGUUCAUUUACAGUUAUUCCAGAUGCUUUUUUUUUUCUUCUUCUUCUUGAGAUUUGUUAAAAUAUUUGAAAUAAAGUUCCGAGGAAACUUGACCUGCAGUGACUUCAUACUAAAUGUGCCUGGACUUCUCCUUUUCACUCCAUUGCCUGAAAUGUUUUUUUCCCUUCUUCUUUCAAUAAGUUGUCUCCUGUGUCAUCUCAUCUGGGGAAGUUAAUGGAAUAAAUUCUA